AUGUCUCUCCGUCAGAUCAUAGUGCUGGCCACUUGUAUCGCCGCUGGGCCCAACUUCAAUGAGAUGGCCCAGGCGGCCGGAAAGUUGUGGUUCGGUUGUUCCAUUGAUACCGGAGCUAACGCCUACCAGGACGAGACCUACAUGAACAUUUUCAACCAGGGCAGCAUCUUCGGUCAGACCACCCCCGGGAAUACCAUGAAAUGGCAGUUCACGGAGCCCGAGAAUGGUCAGUUCGACUUCAGGGAAGGCCAGAAGACCAUCGAUCUGGCCCAGAAGUCGGACAAGAAUGUCCGCUGCCACAAUCUGGUCUGGACUGAGCAACUGCCGGACUGGGUCUCUGGCGGCAAUUGGACCAAGGACACUCUGUUAAAGGCGAUGAAGACCCAUAUCAUGAAGGAAAUAAACAAUUACGGGAGCGAUUGCUACUCGUGGGACGUUGUCAACAAGGCUGUCAACUAUGACGGUAGCUACACCGACAACAUCUUCCUGCAGACUAUCGGUGAAGACUACGUCCCCUACGCCUUCCAGUACGCCCACGAGGCCGUGCAAGCCUCCGGUGCCGACAUCAAGCUCUUCUACAAUGACUACCAGCUGUCCAUGCCGGGCGACAAGGUCAACACGGUCGUGAAGAAGCUCAUCCCCGCCAUCCAGUCUGCCGGCGACUACAUUGAUGGCAUCGGACUGGAAUCUCACCACACGACCUCCUAUUACCCGACCGCCGACCAGCUGAAGUCCGUGAUGUCGCCUGCACCGACACCCCGUGCUCGGACGAGGCCAAGGCCGACCAGGCCCAGGCCUUCUAUAACACCGUCUCGACCUGCGUGA